CGCAGGGGAACAGAAGAAUCUACUCUCUAUAUUAAGGUAUCCAGCGCCAACAACACACUCAGUAGCAUUUUGCAGUGAGUGUGUGAGAGAGAGUAUCAGACAUGGAAGAUUCCCAGUUUGACGUCAUAAUCAUCGGAGCUGGCGUCAUGGGCAGCGCCACCGCCUACUAUGCCGCCAAACGCGGUCUCAGGACCCUUCUCCUGGAGCAAUUCGACUUCCUCCACCACUGCGGUUCUUCCCACGGCGAAUCCCGCACAAUCCGCGUCACCUACACCCAAAAACACUACUACCCUUUGGUCAUGGAGUCUUACAACCUCUGGCAAGAGGUCGAGGCCCAAGUGGGCUACCAGGUAUACUUCAAGGCCCAACACUUCGACAUGGGCCCCUCUCACGAUCCCACAAUCCGCUCCGUCGUCGACUACUGCCAGACCUACGCCAUCCCCUUUCAACUCCUCCGCCGCCGCCAGGUUGCGGAGAAAUUCGCCGGCCGUAUCGACAUCCCAGAGGAUUGGGUGGGUGUCUCCAACGAAUAUGGUGGCGUCAUCAAGCCAAGCAAAGCCGUCGCCAUGUUCCAGACACUGGCCUACAAAAACGGCGCCGUCUUAGUAGACAAAACCAAGGUGGUGGACAUCAAGAAAAACAAAAACGGAGAGGGUGUGGAAGUUUUCAGCGCAAGCGGCAAGAGAUUCCGCGGUAAAAAAUGCGUGAUAACUGUGGGUGCAUGGAUGCAGAAAUUAGUUAAAACGGUUAGCGGGGUAGAACUCCCGAUAGUGCCCGUGGAGACACACGUUUGUUACUGGAGAAUAAAAGAGGGGGAAGAGGGGAAAUUCGAGAUAGGAACCGGCUUUCCUACGUUUGCAUCCUUUGGGAACACUUACAUUUACGGAACGCCCACACUGGAGUUUCCGGGAUUGAUUAAGGUGGGGGUGCACGGAGGGAAUCCGUGCGACCCCGACAAGAGGCCGUGGGGUCCGGCGGUGAUGAUGGAGGAGUUGAAAAAGUGGGUGGGAGAAAGGUUCUAGGGCAUGGUUGAUUCCGGUGAACCUGUGAUAAAACAGUCUUGCAUGUACUCAAUGACUCCGGACGAGGAUUUCGUCAUUGAUUUCUUGGGCGGUGAGUUCGGAAAGAACGUGGUAAUUGGAGGCGGGUUUUCGGGUCACGGCUUCAAGAUGGCUCCGGUUAUUGGAAGGAUCUUGAGUGAGCUUGCGAUCGAUGGGGAAGCGCAAGGAGUUGAUCUCAAACAUUUUAAGAUUGAAAGGUUCAGGAUAACCUCAAAGAUUUAGGUAUCUUCAUUAAUUUAUCUGUAACAUCACAUCACAUAUCACAUCAUCAAUUUGCGUUUGUUUGUUUCCUUCAAAUGUUUCUGUCCUGUGAGUCCAGGUUUGCUGAUCUUCUUCUAUAUCAAAUUAUAUUAAAUUAAACCUGCUUCUUUGUAUUUAAAUAAAAUGUUAGUGAAAGUGC